UUUUUCAAAUUAUUUUUCCUUAAUUUUGGUUUGUUACUCAAAAAUUGCGCGCUUUUUUAUUUAGUUAAUCUCCUUUUAAAUUUAGCUUAUAUAAAAAACAACCUUACUAUGGCCAAUUUUUACGUGCAAAUUUAUAUAUUAUUAAUGAUAAUUGUUCCGGUAAAUGCUUGGAAUAGAACCUACUCUGCUUUGGAUAUUUUAUAUUAUUGUGGUGUAUUUAUUAUUGUUAUUUUACUCAUCAUUAUCUUUGCAUUUUUGUUUGUUUUUAUUGUUUAUGGGAUCGUGCUGGUCUUCAUAUUUCUUCAACAAAAACAACAACAUCAACCUAAUAUUGUUAAAAAUAAAAUUUCAACAGAAGAAGAACGAGUCGAAAGAACUCAAUCAACAACACUUGAGGUUUUAUUUUAAACAUUUUUUCGGUACUUAUUGGUUAUCCCAAAGUAGUUUUUGCGGACAUUUUAUGCGGACUCAUUUUUGCAUGGAAUGGUUUGCAUGGACCAAUAAGUACCAUUUUUUCUAGUAUUUUUUGAUUGCGAAAUUGCGGGCCUGCACUUGCAGACCGACUUCAUUUUGAAAUAUACUCUUAUUUAGCGUUUUAAAAACGAAUGUGAAAAAGUUAAACAUUUAACAAGGAAUCAGUGCAGGUCCGCAAAUGUCUUUCGGAAUUCAAAUAGGUAUUUCAUGUCCUUACUAGAAUACUAUUUUAACUUGUAUUCUUUCAAAUUGAGUAAGAAAAAUAGGCGGGACUUGAUGGUUUUUAGGGCAAAGUUUCCGGACUUUUUUAGUCGAAUAAGUUUGUGGUGAAAUGGAAAAUGGAAAUAUCUAGGCCAAAAUAGAAACUGCAUAAGUUCCGAAAAUCUGUCACCAUAGUGGAAUUUUUAUCAAAUUUUUUGGAAUUUUUAUUAAAUAUUUUUCCGAAAGUUUCAAAUUAGGAUAGGUGUUGUUGUUAAGGGUAUGAAAUAUGAAAAAUCAGAAUUUAUUUAUCUAUUUGCUUUUAAUCUUUUUUAUUUUAGCUUGAAGUUGUUGAUGAAAUACAAGAAUCAAAAUCUGACAGUGGAGGUGAGUUUUUAAAUUUUAUGCUAAUUAUAUUAGAGACCGGAGUAGGAGGUUGUAUGAGAAUCAAGAUCUCGAAAAAAAAUAAUUGUCGUACGAGAUUUUUCGA